AUGGCGUCAAUGGCAACGGAAAGCAUCGAGGACCCAUCUAUGUCUCGGACCGACUGCUCAUUCGACGCCAUCGAGAGUGGCAACUCCACGAUUGGGGACUUCCCCUGGAAAAUUUUAUGCAUAGGCGGGGGUGCCUCGCCGGUCAGCCUAGUGGAGUUCACUAACAAACGACGCCCCCGACGGCAUGGCGGAGGACUUCUACUAGUGAGCUUGGUCAACGGGUACAACGCGAUCCUGGUGCGGCUGUCAUCCGGCGACUAUGCUGGCUGCGUGGUAGGAUGUCGAGACUUGAGAGAAUUGAGGGAGAGAGAAAAUUAG